AAUAGGUAGAGUCGUAAUCAAAAAAAAGCGUACGAAUAUAAUGGAGAUAUAAAUUAACGUCAUCCUAUUUGCGUACAACGGGCUAUCAGGAAUGAAUGUUUACCAAAUGUUGACAGUAGAGUAAUCAUAGGUUCUCAAAAACACAAAAGCAUUGGCUGAGCCAAUUUUACACAGAAAUAGAAUGCCGAAAUCUUCUAUGUUUAAUACUUGUACGCUUUUUUAUUGAAUACGACUGUAUGAAAGCCUAAAAUUAUUAAAUUUUUCGUUUUUCAAGUUUUUAUGUUUAUUUUAUUUAUAACAGCAAAUUCUGAUGAUUGUUAAAAUCUACUGUUUUGUUAUAAUGAUCUACUGUUUUAUCCUCGCCCAUCUACUGCUCCAUCAAAUUUUCAUCUGGCAACACUGGUUGCGACGUCGUGUCUAGGGUUAAGUAGUGAAAUCAGGACUGUUCGAAGGCACUGUAGGAAUUGUCGAAUUGUGAAAUUGAUCCGCCCUAGAGAUUCUAGAGGAGCAAAUAAUCAAAAAUGUCCCUUAUUGGGAAUAUUAAGCAAUUCAAAGGACCGGCUGGAAAUUUUGAGACAUAUCUGGAAAGAUUAGAGCACCUAUUUGAAGUGAAUGUUAUUCCGGAAGAUAAUAAGGUUUCCAUGUUCAUCACUUUGGCAGGUCCCGAAAUAUAUCAGACACUCAAAACCUUAGUUUCACCAGACACCCUAGAAGGGAUUUGACAUAUGAGCAUGUGAUAACAAAAUUGAAAGCUCAAUAUGCACCUCCAGUGUCAGAGAUAUAUGAACGGUUUGUGUUCAAUAAAUGUUAUCAAGAACCUGAUCAAAAUAUCGCAAAAUUUUCAACAGAGUUACGCAAAUUAACGGGUUCCCGUAAGUUUAGGCAGUUUUUUGAUGAAGCGCUACGAGAAAGAUUUGUAUGUGGAGUGGGUGCUGAUGGCAAGGCCGUGCCCAGGGGGGUCCAGGGGGUCCGGACACCCCCCGAAAUAAAAUGGAUUAACAUUAGAUAAAAUCGACUUCCAGGUGGAAACAUUCCAAAGAUGUUAAUCUUUUCAGUAUUUUCACCACGCAGCAUGUCAACAACGAAUUCCCACCCAACUCGACGGCCCUGUCGCUACUGCCUAUUACCCAUCUGUCUUCGCGUUGUGCGGUCAUUCGUCUUUUUGUGGUCUACCAGUUAAGACUUGUGUCUCUGUGCAGUUUAAUACACGUGAUACAAUAUCGAAAACAACGGUUUUUCAUUCAAGGUGAGUAUAAUUACCUUUUUCUACAUUCAUGCAAAAAGCAGAACUUCAUUGAACUAUAUUUAGUGGAAAAAGAUGUUCUUUAUUGCACUUAGUGCAAUAAAGUUUUUAUUGCACUCAUCUGUCAUUCUACUUCAACGUGCUGUCAUCAUGACAAACAUUUUUUAUAUGGCAACUGUGGUUAUAGAAACGUCAGUCAAAAAUUAAUUCCGACAAUUAACAGAAUUGUACCUAGUGCUGCACCUCAAUAAAUCAUUUUUUGCUUUUUGCAUGAACGUAAAAAAAAAGUUGCAUGCAACUUGUGCAAAAAUUGUUUAUUGCACUCGACGUGUUGUCCAACUCGGCCUAUUGCUCUUGUUGCAUAAAUAACUAUUUAAUCGUCAAAACUUAUUUUUAGUCAUGGGAAAAUUGAAAAGAAAUCUACACAGGUCUUCUAGUAUUAUUUUUUUAGGUCAUUGAUCAUCAAGAUGUCCAAACGAACUAGUUUGCAAGCGUCACUGUUUACUUAUUCUACAAAGGCUCAAAAGACGAACACUGCGGGUGACUCAUCUACAUCUGCUAGACCUUUUGUCUCUGAGGCAAGCACAUCGUCUUAUUUUCUACGUGUACUGAGAUCAGCAAAGUGAGACCUGAAGAAAGCAACUUACUAAUUCACCACUUUGAUUUGGGAAGCUAUGUAGGUAACAAAUUAGAUGAUAACUUAAAAUUUAAGUUGCUGAGUACUCCGUGGACGCCAGGGGAAGAUUUCCAAUUUCCCGUAAUCGUAAGUGGGAAGAAGAACCUUCGAUUCCAAAGGCAGUGGCUUGAUAGGUUCCCGUGGCUCGUUUACACAAAAAGUGACGGCGCACUGUGCAAAUAUUGUGUACACUGAGGAAAAGGUUUUGUUAUGAUAAAUAAAUUGAUUUGUUUGAGUAUGCUUCGUUGAAUAUUAACGCCAUAUUCUUGUCAUCAAUAUACCUUAUUAAAUACUACCAUGUAAUUUGUAGAAGAAUCGUUGACCGAAAACAAAGGACUGGUUAGGAGCUAAUUAUUUCAAUAUUAACAUAUGUUUUCAGGAGUAACUUCUAUGAGUUUGUCACAAACCUGUUCGUUAUAUACAAACUUUCUGGAAUCAUACUCUUGAUUUACCAUUUAUUAACUGGUAACAAAUUCUCUCUACAGUUCAAUUGCUUAGAGAAUAAGAAAUUGUUCUUGAGAGAAACAAAUAAUUUGUUAUAAAAUGAUUGACCUUCCCAUGACGUAGUGAUAUUCUCUUCGGCUCAUGGUCGAGGUUGGAAUGCAGUAGGUAGUCGUAGUCAACAUGUUAGACUGCAAAGGACGCCUGGAGUGGCCUAAUAAUCAAAUAUCAAUUGCUAACACAAAAAAUUUUGGUGUGUACUGUUGAAUGUGAAUUUUAGUUUCAUCAGUUUGUGCUGGAGCAUAGGUAUUACACGAAGUGGCUGGUGAGUUUUUAUCACAUUGUUCUCCAAUUUCUAAGACUCAAUAGCGAGUCUGCAAGGUGAAUAAAUCAUACUAGCAUUUAUUUCUCCAUCAAGUGUUAUUAUUAAUUGAAUUCCUAUAUAUUUCUCAUCGUCUGACUCCAAUUCUUACAAAUUUGAUUACUAUUAGGCAUGCUGAUUCAUUUUCUAUUUUCUCUAAAGCUUGUUCUAUAGACUUCCAAGAUGGAGUAAACACUGAUCAAGAGCGUGGGGUCUUGGAAAUUUUGUUGGAAGAUUCCGCAAGGUAAAAUUGUUAAUUUUCCUGUACAUACAGUAACGGCGCACUGUGCAAAUAUUGUGUAUAAUUUUUUUCACAUCACACCGUAGGAGAAGGAGGCAAUCAGGAUUUGAAAUCGCUUGUAACAGUUCCGUAUAAGAAAUGGAAAAACGCAAUCGAAGACCUCGAAUCCCAUCAAUCUAAACAAUACCAUCACGAAGCUGUGGUUGGAAAACUAGGCAAAACCAACACUCGGAUAUCAGAAACGUUAUUGACUCCGGGAGAAGAAAACAAGUAGAAGAAAAUAGAGAGGAAUUAUAUUCAAUUGUGGAAACUAUAAAGUUUUGUUGGCGUCAAGAACUGGCUUUGAGGGAACAAACGAUUCUGGCCCUGUUUCUGUGACUGAUGAGGAGCCAGUCACAAAUGACGGCAAUUUCAGAGCCAUCGUAAGAAUGAGGAUGAAAUGUGGUGAUACAAAAUUGCUCAAACACAGCGAAAACAUUGCUUUGAACGCGACAUAUAUGAGCGUUAAGGUCCAAAAUGAUCUGAUAUCAAUUUGUGGGGAUAUAUGUCAGAAGGAAAUUGUAAAAUGUUUGAAUGAAGCGGAGGUGUUCUCCGUUUUAGUAGACGAAACUGCUGAUAUUUCGGGUCACAAACAACUUUCACUAUGUGUUAGAUACACAAAAAAGGUCGAAACUUGUUAUGCUGUGAAAGAAGAUUUUCUCGGAUUUGUAAAGGUCGAUAAUACAACUGAACAACCUUUGGCCGACACGAUAAUAGCAUCCCUGAAAAACCUUGACAUUGACUGCAACAAUAUAGUGGAACAGGGGUACGAUGGUGCAGCUGUGAUGAAAGGUGCUUUCAAUGGCGUUCAAGCAAUAAUACGGAAAUCAUUUCCCCGAGCUCUAUUUGUCCAUUGCAGAUCUCAUUAUUUGAACUUGGCCCUUUGUCAUUCAUGUAGUGUACCUCCUAUAAGAAAUUGUAUAGGAUCUGUGAAAGCAAUCGGAAAUUUUUUGAGAGCAUCUCCAAAGCGAACAAGCUUCCUUCAGGCACGCAUUAGGGCCAACUUUCCUGAUGCAACAUGGCAGAAAUUAACACCAAUGUGUGAAACGCGUUGGGUGGAAAAUCACAACGGUUUUUUGAAAUUCAAACAAAUUUAUAAAUCUAUUAUUGAGACUUUAGAACAAUUCAGCAUAGACCCGGAUAUGGAGACCUCGACGAAAGCUUCUUCUUUUCUGAGAUCUGCUCUUGCCAGCGAAUUCGUGGUAUCACUCUGUUUUUUGGCAAAGGCCGAUAUCAAUGAAGAGAUCAAGGUCCCACGGUUGACAUCAACACAGAAGCAUCGCGCUAAUCCAAAUACUAAUAACCCCGAACAGUAUUACCGCAUAAUUGUUGCAAUACCCCUAUCAAAAGACUCAACUCACCAGCUCAAAAUAAUAUUUACUGACCACAAGAAAGUGAUUGCUGCUAUGUACACUCUUAUACCAAGUCUGUUCCGAGAAGGAAACGCCAUUCCCAAGAGAGGACCUAGUGAUGUACGAGGACCUGGUAGAACUAGACGAGGCACAAGGCGAAUUUCAACUAUGGAAAUUGUUAUGGCAGAGCAAGAGCCCUUCGGAUCGGUCUUCUUGCGCCAUUGA